GUGGACGAAAUUCAUAGGGCAGUGACAAAGUUUAUAGUCAAAGAUCUCCAUCCAUUUUCAACGGUGGAGUCACCAUCAUUCAGAGAGAUGUCCUCUGCACUUAAUCCGAGGUAUCAGCCCCCAUCCAGGGAUGAUCUAUCCAACACACUUGUACCUGCUUGGUAUUGCGUGGAGAAAAGCAACCUCAUCCAGAAUUUGGCACAGGUUAACAAGGUCGCUAUCACCUGUGAUGGAUGGACCAGUAUUGCUCAGGACCAUUUCCUCACAGUGACUGUUCACUACAUCUACAAAGGCAAAAUGAAGCAGAAUGUGCUUAGCACUGAAGCAGUUUAUGAGUCACAAACAGGUCCAGUUGUCGCUAAAGAAAUAUCAAGUCUUGUGGAGCAAUUUCACUUGGGAGGGAAAAUAAUCGCUGCCACUGUAGACAAUGCCUGCAACAUGGAUGUUGCUUUGAAAAAAUUGGACUUUUUAAAAGUGGGAUGCUUUGCUCAUACCCUCAACCUGGCCGCACAAAAGGUGUAUGACAUUCCUGCAGUUUCCAGCUGGUGUGCGAAAAUCCAUUCAGUUGUGGUAUGGCUCAAAUGUUCAUCCUUGAGCAAAACUGUGCUCAGAGAAAAGCAGCGAAUCCUGAAGCAUAAUGUCAUUCUUGAUGUUAAGAGGCGUUGGAAGUCUCUCUUCCUGAUGGUGGAGAGAUUUAUGGAGCAGUUUGAUGCAAUCCAGGCAGCUGCUCUGGAUCUACGGCUGAGGAAGCCUAUGGAGAAGGACAAGCUAGAAAGGUUCACGCACACUGAUUUAAUCAAGGCAGAAGAGUUUAUUAAGUGCAUGCAAGUCGUGUGCACGUCAACCAUGUGUGUGUCAAGUGACAAGUCACCCACAUGCAGCCAAAUCAUCCCCAUCCUGGCCAAGCUGGAGGCACAUUUCAGACGAUGUGAUGAAGACAGUGUUUUCACCUCUUCAAUAAAAGAGAAAGUCUGGGGUAGUCUGCAGAAAAGAUAUCAGGAUGAAAACCUUCAGGCAGCUACUGACAUCUGGGACAGGUUGGAGAAGGCAGCAGUUGCACAUGCCACAGCAGCAGUUGCACAGCCUCCCACUGAGGACCCCAAAGCACAGCGAGGUGGAUGAUGAUGAUGAUGCUGACAUGGACAAGCCAGAAAAAUAUGUUAUUUCAGAUUUUUUCUAACACAACCACUACAUUCUAAAAGUGAUCUUUAUUUAUUUUGCAAACCUCACACAUCUUUUUUUUGUUUUUCAGCUAAGGAAGGUCCAGAAGUCACCCUUAGAAAAGCUGUUUGAGGAUGAAGACAGAGAGCUUCAACAGGCUGCUUCUCAAGCAGGUAGAGUCCCCUCAAUCACAGAGCAGGUACAGAAGGAGCUUGAAAUAUACAAAAGACUGCCAGGAAUUCCCUCUGGACAAGACCCUGUGCCUGGUGGUGGAGUAAGAGGGAUACACUCCCCAAUUUAUCUGCCCUAUCAGAAUAAUACUUGUGUGUCCCAGCCUCAUCAACGCCUUCUGAAAGAGUUUUCUCUUUUGCUGGGCAUGCCAUCAGCCAAGAGCGAUGCCGUAUAGCUCCAGAAAAGGCUAAUAUGAUUAUAUUUUUACAAAAAAACUGCUAAACAUCACAGGUUUCAUGACAAAGUUUGUGUUUUCAAUUGUUUAAGCACUGGUUCCAACCAAAGAAGUUAUGUUUUAUUGACAGAAAGGGCUAACUUUGUUAUCAUUUUGCUUAAAAAAAUUACUGGGAAAAAUAAAAACACAAGAGGUUUUUGGAUGAAGUUUGUGUUCUUUAUUCUUUAAGCACCGGUUC